AUGGUGGUACGGUUGUCAGAUUUUUGCACUUUUGGGAAGAAGAUUGUUUGUGUUGGUAGGAAUUAUAAGGAGCAUGCUCUCGAAUUGGGAAACACAAUACCAAAAAUACCACUUUUUUUCGUCAAAUCAACAAACAGUUAUGUGUCACAAGGACAACCUAUCAUUCCACCGCUUGGUUGUAAGAUAUUACAUCAAGAAGUGGAACUCGGUGUAAUUUUCAGCACGACAGCAAAAAAUAUCCCAUCCUCGCAAGCAUUUAAUUAUAUUGGUGGGUACACGGUAGCCUUGGACAUGACAGCUCGAGACUUCCAGAAUGAAGCGAAGAAGGCAGGGACACCUUGGUUCUUGGCAAAAUCGUUCGACACUUCAUGUCCAGUAGGUUCUUUCAUUGAAGUCAGCAAAAUUGUCGAUCCACACGAUGUCGAGCUAUUUUGCCGUAUAAAUGAUGAGGAAAAGCAGCGCUGUCGAACCGACGCCAUGAUUUUUGACAUACCAACUUUAAUCGAAGUUUUAACUAAAUACGUCACCAUGGAACCAGGUGAUAUGCUCCUCACGGGCACACCACCAGGCGUAACAGCUGUAAAAUCUGGCGAUUGUAUUGAAUUUGGUUUGGAAGGUAUCGCGUCGUUUAAAUUUUAUGUCCAGUAA